UCUUUUAUGUAAUAAAACAAGUAGACACUUUCUCUCUCAUCAUGGUAUCAGAGUCUGGUUUAGCCAAGUGAUCGUGUGUUCGAAUCUCCACGACCUCCAAUAUUAACAGUUGAUUAAAGCACAAGGUAUGGUGGCCUGUGCAAACUUCAAGCCCAUGGUUGGCUUUCGUUUGAGGGGGCGUGUUAGAGAUAUUCUGUUUCUAGGCGUUUCUUGCCUAUCUCGCUUUUUCUUUUCUUCCUUUGAUUCGCUUCUGCAACUCUCUUCGUUUCCAUGGCGAUUCCCACUGCGUUUCAACCGCCGAUGCCGAUCUCAGCGGUGUUUGCACCAAACCACCCGUACUACAUCAAUUCCGGCGAUUCAUCAACGGCGCAACUCUUUUCCGUCGUUCUCACCGGGCCGAAUUACCAUUCUUGGGCUAGAUCCAUGCGAUUUGGUCUCCUGUCGAAGAACAAGAUAUUGUUCGUCGAUUCGGCUGUCCCGACGCCUCCAAAUGGUGAUUCGCUCUUCCAAGCUUGGCAGCAGUGUGAUACGCUCGUGCUUGGUUGGAUCCUCCGGUCGCUCUCACCGGAGAUUGCAUAGAGUGUUCUUUGGCUAAACACUGCGGUUGAAGUUUGGCAUGAUCUCCAGGAGCGCUUCAGCAUUGCUGAUCUGGUUCGCAUCGCUGAUCUCCAUGAUGAGAUCUGCGGACUAAAGCAAGCAAAUCUGUUUGUAAGUGCGUUCUUCACCAAAUUUAGGGUUCUAUGGGAUGAAUUGACAACCUAUCGUCAUGUUCGUUCUUGUACCUGUAUCAAUAGAUGUUCUUGUUAUGAAUAUAUGAGAGUAGUCCAGGUUAUUAGGUUCUUGAGAGGUCUGAAUGAGGAUAUUGAGUCUAUUAGGUGUUCGAUACUGUUAAUGGAUCAUCUGCCUCCCAUUAACAAGGUCUUCUCUAUGAUAGCCCAGCAUGAGCGUCAAAUUAGGACUCCCAACCCUAAUUCUUUCAAUCAUAUGGCCUGUGCUAUACAAUCUGGUCAAAAUAAGGGGAAUAACCAGUCAAAAAGGCAUGUCUGUACUUUUUGUGGAUUAACUGGGCAUACUAUUGAUCGUUGUUACAAGAAGCAUGGUUAUCCACCAAGUUAUAAGCCACGUUCUAGAGUCAAUGUUGUAGUUAGUGAGUCUUUCGACACUAACAGUUAUGGUUCGAGUGAGAACAGAAGUGUUCCUUCCGAUUCUGUUGUAUUGACAAAGCAACAGUACCGAGCUUUGUUUGCUCAAUAUCACCCCCAAGCUCUUCCACCUCCAACCCCUAUUGUUAACUCUGUCACUACUGGAGUUUCUGGAGUUUGUGUCGAGGAGUCUUAUCCAAUGCACUCCCCAUUCCUGGCUUCUUCAUCUACUGCUACCUCAAGCCAGGAUGGAGGUAAGUUUGAUUUUGCCAAUUCUUUGGUUGACAAUGCUUCUAAGUGGAUUUUAGACAGUGUUGCUUCUGAUCAUGUUGUCUUUGAUAUUGCUUAUCUACUUUCACCUACUGUUGUAUGUGAUAUGUUUGUGUCUUUACCAAAUGGCUCUCGAGUGUCUGUUACUCAUAUAGGGUCAGUUAGGUUAAAUGAACAAUUAAUUCUUAAGAAAGUUUUGUUAAUACCUUGAUAUGAUCCCAAAUUGGCCCUCAAUUAAGCUGGAAUUGAUUGAUCAAGAAGGUAAGCAAAGUACAUUAAAGAACACUGAAUUUUGGCCAAGUUCUUUUAUAGUUUCAGGUAGCCAACUUUGCACGUCGGGAACUUGUUAUUGGCUUAAUGAAAAUUCAAGUUUAAGGCCUUGUUUUGAAGAUGAAAAGUUUAUCUUUCCAUUGAUGUGCUUUGGAGCUCGAGAGGAAGCCCAGAAGAGUGAUUUCCAGGUCUAUCAAGUUGCUAGCUCAACAUGGGAAAACUGCCGAAAUAUUCUAAGUGUUGGAACGAGUUUGGGAAGGAACUUUGGAAGCCUCAAUCGAAGGGAUGGAUGAGAGUCGAGCUUCAAGAAUCAUACUCAUGAACUUAGGUUUCUUCUACUACAACGACAUGGCGUUGGAUGACUGGAAUGAAGAAUGGAAGGCCUUGAACGAAAGCUCCAAAGAUCGUAUUGAAGCCGAGCUUCUGUCUUUGGAAACAGGCAAUCCGAAUCCUUAUCGGAUUAGGAUUCCUUUGUUGUUUUGUGUUUAAUUCCUUUUCAUUGUUGGUUUUGAUUUCCUUUUCCAAUUGUAAUUUGUUUAGGACUUCUCUAAGAGUAGUAGGAUUGGCUAGGUCUAUUUAAGUAGUUUUGAUUCGUUGUAAUUUUCAGAUUUCGUAGAGUUUAAUAACAAACCGUGAGUUUGCGU